CGCUGGAUAAUUCUUACCAUAAACCUGCGAUGAGAAAGUUUUAGCCAUUUUUCCAAAAUAAGAACGUACUACCAUAAGAAUAAUAAAUUAAAAAAAGAAAGAAAAGGAAAAGGCAGGCUCAUGUGAGCCAAAAAUUUGAAAUAGGGGCAAGCAAUUAAAUGAGAAAAAUAUAUUCCCAUAGUUACUCACGAGUACUCCCCUGCAGAAUUCCUAUAUAAAUGUUGAUAUGAUGGUGAAGAAAUUUCAUUGUUGUGAGAGUAGCCAAACUGAUUCUUGAAUUCCCUUUCUUCCUCUCUCUGUGUGUGCCAGACAACUUUCCUAUAUAUAUAGGUAGGUAGCGACACGCUAGCCCCCAGGCAACAUGAUCCGUUUGGCUCUGGUGUUGGCUGCAUUAAUGGCCGCCGGUAGAGGUGCGGCAGCAGCCGCCAAUUCUAUCACGCAGCAGCGGUGCGAUCUGUACCAAGGAAGCUGGGUUCCGGACAGCGCCGACUGCCCUCUCUACGAUUCCUCGGCAUGCCCUUUCAUCCGCAAAGAGUUCGACUGUCUCAAGUAUGGGCGGCCGGACCAUCAGUACCUCCAAUACCGAUGGCAGCCAUCUGACGCCGCCUGUUCUCUGCCCAGAUUUAAUGGGUUGGAAUUCUUGAUGAAGAUGAAGGGGAAGAAGAUUAUGUUCGUGGGAGACUCGUUGAGUAUGAAUCAGUACGACUCACUGUUAUGCAUGCUUCAUGCAGCUGCUCCCAAUUCCAACAUUACCCGUGAUUCUCAACCUCUUCCGACCGUCACCUUCCAGGAUUAUGGAGUGUCGAUAAUAUUGUUCACAAGCCAUUAUUUGGUAGAUAUCCAGCAGGACAAGAUAGGUCCUGUGUUAAAUCUGAAUUCAAUGAGCAGCGGCAAUCUGUGGAAGCAAAUGGAUGUGCUGAUUUUCAACACCUGGCUUUGGUGGUACAGGACAGGUCCUAAGCAAGGAUGGGAAUACAUUCAAGAUGGCAAGACCAUAUCCAAGGAUAUGAACAGAAUGACUGCGUUUACAAGAGCCUUGCAGACGUGGGCAAAAUGGGUAGACUCAAGCGUGGAUACAAGUAAAACAGCGCUCUUCUUCCAAGGCGUUUCUCCAGCCCAUUACGAUGGGGCCGGUUGGGGGGAGGCAGGGGUGAGAGAUUGUUCGCGCGAGACGACACCAAUCGCAGGAGCCACCCGAGGCGUGGUUCCAUUGGCGCUACAAGUGCAAGAGGACAUCCUGAGAAGCAUAAGGAAGCCGGUCCAUUUCCUGAAUAUAACCGCAAUGUCGUACAUGAGAAAAGAUGGGCAUCCAGCAUCCCACAACGGCCUUGGUGGCAUGGAUUGUACGCACUGGUGCGUUGCUGGCGUCCCUGAUACUUGGAACCAAAUCCUAUCAACAACACUACUCACUCAGUCGGGAUAAUUACCGAAACAAACAAUCCAAUGCCAGAAUAUUCUUAUGUCCAUUUGCAUGGUUAUUACAUCGCUUGCUAAUUAUUAGAUUGUUCUCUUUUUUUUCAAACAAAUAAAAAAGAAAAAGAUGAUGAAGAGCUUAAUAGCAUAAAAAGGA